AUGGUGACAACAUCCAGCGGCCCUCGUCUGCCUCUGCUCGCCCUGCCUUCAUCACCGACCAACCGUGCAAAUCCAUGUAAAAUGAGUUCAGGAAGAGAGGAGCCCCAGCCGGAUACAAGAGGAGGACAUCGAUGGCUCUCGGCGGCCAUCGACGGGGACUUGAAUGCCCCAACCCUCAAAGCUCGCCUCAUCUUCUACAGGCAACAGGGGGCGUCUUCCCUCCUGGCGCCCGUAGGCCUAUCAGGCAGCCUCGGCUCGCCGUCGUCGGGAUCUGGCCAACACCGGCUCCUAGCGUUGGAUCCGUUAGUGCCGGAUCUCGCCGCUGCAGGAUGCGAGGAAGAGGAUGAGGUACAGCAUGCAACAACGAAAGAAGGUGCAGAGCCAUCAACUAGAUUUUGUUUGGUUAAAGAAGGCCAGCGUUCUCAAGUGGCAGAGCGGAGCCGUUUGCCUAGCGGGUCGAGCAGGUCGUCAAGGGACAGCUCAAUGCAUAUUUCUACAAUCAAAGAAGGCAAGGACGAGGCGGAGGAGUUCCUGAAGAUGGCCAAGGAGAAGACUGACGACGUUGCCGAGGGCGCAAAGGAGACAGUGCAGGAGACCAAGGAGGUGGUGCUCGGCGAGUCCGACGAUGACAUGGACAAGUUCAAGCAGCGGGUCGAGCAGGGGAGCUACGAUCAGAAAUAA